AUGGGUGAUGGCGUCACUGAGUGGUAUAUUAAUGAAGGACGUGGAUAUCAGCAUAAUGAUAUUAUUGUUGAUAGAUAUGUAGUUCAAGCAAUUAAAACUACUUUAAUUAUGAACCAAAUAAUGAUGAGAAAGUUUCAACAUUUGAUAUAUGAGACGGAUCCAAGAACGCAUAAAGAUUUUGAUCCAAAUAUAAGCUCAAGUCAAAAUAAUCAACAACAGUAG